AUGAAACUAGAAAUAAAAUCUCAAAAUCCCAAUCCUAUUUCGAAACUUAAACCCAAAUCCACUUUACUGAUUACUUCAAUUUUAGAUAAUAGCAGAAUCGAAAAAGAUCGUAGACUUAGAGAUGAAUUUGAUCCAUUUGAUUCUUUGAUCACUUCAUCUCAUAAAUCUCGAAACAAAUGUUCAGUUAAUUUAGAACUUAAGGAGGAGAAUGAAGAGAAAUUGACGUUGAUUGAGACUCUUCCAUUUUCCUCAAGACGGUCAAGCUCCCUAACCACGGUUAGAUUUGUUAACCACACUUCACGCGUUGGGUUAAAGAACGUUCUCAUUCUCUCUCAGAAUCAUUUAUCCGAAAACGAAGAAGAAGAAAGUGAGAGAGAGAGAGAAAGAGAAAGAGAGGGUUUCGUUUUCGUUGCAGUUCCAUUGGUGAAGCUCAAGCUCAAUGGCGUUGUGAAGAUUUUCUCUGAUUCCGUUGAUUUCUUGACGACGUCGUUCAAUUUGAUCCAAUUAUCACGCGAUCCAUGUGUUUUAUGUGGCGAAGGUGAAGGUAUUGUUGAGGGAGAUGAAGUCCAAUUUGAGGAUCUCUAUGCCUCAGGAUUAAUCUCUCUGGCUAUCCGUGGCGAAACGAAAACAUUACGGUUUUUUGUUGUCCUGCGAGCCUUGUUUCUUGAUGGCCUCAAUGUAGCUGUCAGCUAG